AUGAAGUCAAUUGGAAUCAUCACGUUAGCACUGCUAACCACCUUAUCACUAGGUCAUGCUACUCACCCAAAAAAUCCAAUUUCAAAUGGUGAUGAACCACAACCUUUAUACUAUGAUAAUGGUGAUUUAAAUUUAGAUUCCCUUUCAUCAAAUUUAGAAUCAUGUUCAAUCGUAAAGGAACUUAAUGCUCAAAAAUUAAAAGAAUUCGAACAUGAACAAGAAUCAUGGAUCCAAUAUGUCUUUUCUAAAUUAUUUCCAUUUGAAAAUCCAGGUUUUAAUGCUAUUUUAGCUACAACUUAUAUCUCUGGACCACCAAAUUUAAUCCUAAGUUUUAUACCUGCUUCAAUUAAUCCAGCAAAAUUAUCCUUAUUGGUUAGUUUUGCCAUUGGUGGUUUAUUAGGUGAUGUUUUCUUGCAUUUAUUACCACAAACUUUUGUUGGUGAACCUGUUGAUCAUACAAAACAUUCAUUUGUACUUGUUGAUGAAAAAAGAAAUACUAUUUUGGGAUUAUUUAUAUUUAUUGGAUUUAUUUCAUUUUUUAUUAUUGAUAAAGGUUUAAGAAUUUUACAACAUCAACAAGGUGAAAAAUCUAAUGGUCAUAGUCAUAGUCAUGCUUCUUCAUCAGUUGAACAAAAGGAAUCAGAUCUUCAAUUAAGACAACAUAAAAAAACUGAUGGUGAUCAACCCCAAGAUGAACCAAUAAUUUCAAAUCCAAAUUCAAGUAUAAAAGCAAGUGCCUACUUAAACCUAAUCUCAGACUUUACACAUAACAUCACAGAUGGUUUAGCGAUUUCCGCAUCAUUUUAUAUAAGUAAAAAUGUUGGUUCAACAACAUGUCUUGCAGUAUUUUUCCAUGAAAUUCCUCAUGAAGUUGGUGAUUUUGCUCUAUUGAUCCAGGGGGGUUUUACAAAAUGGCAAGCUAUGAAUUCACAAUUUGUUACUGCUAUUGGUGCUUAUUUGGGUACUUUCUUGGGGAUUUUCAUUCAAAAUUUAGGUCAAAGUAGUUCAUCAGUUGGUGAAAAAGUUUUGGGGAAUGUUUCACCUGGUUUGUUUGGUACUAGUGUUACUACAGGUGAUUUAACAUUACCUUUUACCGCGGGUGGGUUUUUAUAUAUUGCAACUGUUGGGGUUAUACCUGAAGUUUUAGAAUUACAAAUUGAAAAUUCAAGAAAAAAAGAAUUGAUUAAUGGGGUAUUACAAUUGAUCUUUGUAUUUAUUGGUAUUUCAUUGAUGUUUUUAAUUUCAUGGUUUGAAUGA